ACAACUCUCUUUCCUAUACAACCCCCACCCCAACACAUAAUAUAAUUUUUUAAAUCCGUGUUUAAAUCACAUUUUCAAUUCCACAACCCAUCGCCGGUUGCAGUUGCUACCGUCGCCGGAGACAGUUACUGUUUCAUCUCCGCCGUGGAUGGGCCAAUCACAGUCAAUUAACGGCAGAGUCAUCAACCGACGUCGAGAUAACUCCGUCGAUCACCUACGCAGAUCGAUGCCGGACGAAGAUCCAAAGGAAUUACGUUCAUUUCUAACGGAAAAAGACGUUGAAGACGAAGAAUGUGUUACGGUUAGCGGAGAUAUUUCGAUUCUUCCAGACGCGUGUCUCGCGUGCAUCUUCCAGUUUCUCAGUUCCGGCGACCGGAAACAAUGCUCACUCGUGUGCCGCCGGUGGCUGGAGAUCGAAGGACAGAGUCGUCAUCGUCUCACUCUCAACGCACAAUCGGAACUCGUUUCCGUCGUGACAUCACUCUUCUCUCGAUUCGAUUCGGUAACCAAACUCUCUCUGAAAUGCGACCGUAGAUCUGUAAGCAUCGGAGACGACGGACUUGUUCUAAUCUCUCAGCGUUGCCGGAAUCUCACGCGCCUGAAGCUCCGAUCGUGCCGGAAAUUGACGGAUAUAGGUAUGGAAACUUUUGCUAAGAAUUGUAAUAAUUUGAAGAGGUUUUCGUGUGGAUCGUGUGCUUUUGGUGCUAAAGGAAUCAACGCUGUGAUUAAUAACUGCUCGUUGUUAGAAGAAUUAUCGGUUAAGCGGUUACGUGGCGUUGGUAAUGGUGGUGUAGUGGAGCCCAUUGGACCAGGUUUAGCUGCUUUGUCUCUUAAGUUUAUUUGUUUAAAGGAUCUGUAUAAUGCACAGUGUUUCGGACCGUUGAUAAUCGGAUCGAAAAAUUUAAGGACAUUGAAGUUGUUUAGGUGUUCUGGAGACUGGGAUAGGUUACUGGAGUUGGUUAGUGAUCAUGUGGAUGGAUUGGUAGAGGUUCAUCUGGAAAGGCUGCAGAUGAGUGAUGAUGGCCUUGUAGCAGUUUCACAUUGUCAAAAUUUGGAAAUACUGCAUAUUUUGAAAACACCAGAUUGUUCGAAUUUAGGUUUAGUUUCUGUUGCUGAGAAUUGUAAGCUUUUGAGGAAGCUUCAUAUUGACGGUUGGAAAACGAAUAGGAUAAACGAUGAUGGGUUGAUUGGUGUGUCAAAAUACUGUGUCAAUCUUCAAGAGUUGGUGCUUAUUGGUGUUGAUUGUACUCGUGUUAGUUUAGAGCUGUUAGCUACGAAUUGCCAGAAGCUAGAGCGAUUGGCGUUAUGCGGGAGUGAAACGGUUGGGGAUGCUGAGAUUUCCUGCAUUGCUGAAAAAUGCACAGCUUUGAAGAAGCUUUGCAUCAAGAGUUGCCCUGUAUCUGAUCUUGGAAUGGAAGCGCUUGCAGGUGGGUGUCCGAAUUUGGUGAAAGUUAAGGUGAAGAAGUGUCGUGGAGUGACGGGUGAUGGUGUCGGUUGGUUGAGGGCUAGCAGGGAGUCGUUGGCUGUGAAUUUGGACACUACAGAAGUUGAGAGUCAGGAUGCGGUUAGUGAUGGUGGUCAAGAUGAAAACCCUGCUGCAGCUAACCAAAUUGAGGUAGCUAGUAAUGUUGCUUCCAGCAGUAGUAGUAGAUCAACAUCAUUCAAGGCUAGAUUUGGCCUUAUUGCUGGGAGAAAUUUAGUGUCGUGCGCAUUCAGGAAGUGGUCAAGCUUCAGCGGUGGUUCCCCAUGUCAUUGAGCAGGAAAUGGUCCAGAGUAGGGAAAUUUGCUGGUUUGUUAUACAGUCAUGUUUUUAACUUUAUAAUUAGAUGCUUCUGUCUUGUGUAUUCUGUAUUCUGCCUGGUUUGCUUGCUAAAUUUGGUCUGCAUUGAUGGCAUUUUUCUUAUGGAAUUUGAUCUUUGUUGUUAA